GUGACGCGCGCGGUGGGUAGACGAGCGGGCGAGACAUCCACAACCAAGAAGACAUGGACGUGAAAGGUUUUCUUCCCCGGCAGUUCGUGUGGUAGGAGCAAUAUCUGCGAGCACGUCUUGGUAUCCGUAGAUGGCAAACUGGGAUCGGUUGUGGGAAUGGCCUGCGGGGGAGGAGGAGCUUUAGAGCCAACAUAGGGCAGAGGGCGGGGGAUUUGAUGGGCACAAUGAGGUCACAGCUUGUCCCCGGCCUCGCCUUCGUAGUUAUUAAGAGCUUUUCGGCAAGCUCUUGCGACACUGAAUCCGCUUCCAAGGCUGGCCGGAUGGAUGGUGAUGCUGCUUGGGGGCUGCUGGAACAAUCCGAGGCCAGAAAUCCAGAUUGCGGUGUUCCACCGACAGAACUGCAACGGGGAUCCGGUGGAGAAAGAUUCUGGCGAUGAUGGUGUGAGGGAAUUCCGACAUCAGAUGUCCAAGGCCAGAACAGAAGCCAGUAAGAAACUGGC